AUGGCGGAGAGCUACAUCUCAGGCACGCAUUCCAUGGCUUUUAUUACAGUACCCAAUUUAGAAGUCGCGAAAAAACUGUCGCAUGGUAUUGUGAAAGAGAAGCUAGCAGCUUGUGUUAAUAUUAUACCUGGUAUCACUUCAGUAUAUGAAUGGGAAGGAAAAGUUGAAGAAGAUUCAGAAUUAUUAUUGAUGGUGAAAACUCAGACAGUAAAAGUAGAUGCUCUGUCAGAAUACGUCAGAAAAAAUCAUCCUUAUGAAGUGGCAGAAGUCAUUUCAUCAAAGAUUGACAACGGGAACCCACCAUAUUUAAAAUGGAUCUCAGAGGUUGUUCGUGUUAAAACAAGUUGA